AUGACUCUGAGCAUAGAUAGAGCAUCUAUCAACAAUGAAAGUGUAGAAAAUUUGAUUGAAAUUCUUCUGUCAAUUUUCACUUCGAAUAACUUGCUCGUACUUACAUCUCAGCUUUCGAAGUUAAUCGAUUACUUAACGCCAUUUCUGAGGUUGAAGGAAUGUGGCAAGUUUCAAAAAUCUGUAUGGUUAGAGCUGUUUGAUCAAUGGAAGGAAGUUGUAGGAACAUAUGACGGGCUAAUAGUAGUUGUAGAUGAUACUGAGGUUGAUGUUCUUGAGCUGUUAGUGUCAUCUGUAAAAUGUAAAUUGUAUAUAGUUGUCAAAAAUUUAAGCAGAUCGUCAGUUUACAAAUUAAAUAAAGCUUUUAAAAUACUGAGUUCAAGUCAAUUGAAGACGAUAGUGGACGUCCCAACAGGAUCUAAAAGCUUGAAAUUAUCACCUUCAAUUAGACUUUUCAAUUGGGAUGUAAACCCAAUAUGUAUUACGUCUUCAGUGAAGGAGGCUAGUGGUGCUAAUGCUGCUGUCGCUGCUGCUAAUAACGAAACCGAUGUAGACUCCGACAUUCUUUUAUCCUUAGAGUUACCCUUUGGAGGCUUGCAAUCGUAUUUCAAUCAGCCAAUUGAACAAAUAUCUAAACUAUCCAACGCCUUUAUAAGUCUAUUGAAGAUAUCUCCACAAUUGAAUGGAACAGGCAAAAUGUUCAAAUUGAAGAACAUAUACGCUAAGGGUGAUCAUUCUUCUUUAAUGGUCAAAAUACUUCAAGAUGAAAAGAUCCCAGAUUUUUUGAAUCUGCAAUUGUCUUCAUUGGAGCAACAAUUUUAUCUCUCGAAAUUGAAGGGGAAUACGGAUUUGGUGAUAUUGGAGAGAAACUUAGACAUUGCUUCAGUUGCAUUUAAUCAGUUGAAUUAUCAGGGUUUAAUUGAUGAUUUAUUCGAAAUCAGCUUAAAUACAGUGGAAGUUGGCGAAAACAAACAAAGAUAUACUCUUAACGAUGAACUCUAUUCAGACUUAAAGCAUUUGAAUUUUGCCUCGAUAGGGUUGAAGCUAAACCACUUAGCAAGAGCAAUUCAACUGGAGUAUCUGAAAAAGGAUUCAAUACAGUCAAUUCAAGAAAUAAGAAGUCUUGUAAACAAUCUUGGCCCCUUAAGCAAUAAACAAGAACUUGUGAAAAAACAUACAGAGUUGUCUGAAAUUGUAUUGAACUAUAUCAAGUUUGGAAACGUUAGUUCCAACCCAGUUCUUACAAAUUUCAAUGUAGUUGAUGAAUACGAAAAAUUCUUGGAGUUCCAAAAUGAUAUAUUCGAUUUGGAUUAUAAGCAGCAUAUAUUAAAGUUGAAAGAAUUCAUAACCAAGUGCUUUCUGGAUAGAGUCAUUUUGCUAUCAUUAAUCUUGAUUUCCAAUUUUAAUGAUGGCAUCAAGGAGAGAGAUUUUGAUCAGAUUUUAGAAGAAUUAAUUCAAAACUUUGGCAUAGACAUUAAAUUUACGAUUGACAAUUUGGUCAAAUUUAAUGUGAUUCAAGUGGUGGGGAACUCAUCUACAACUGGAGAAAUAUUUGGAGCAUUAACAUCUAUUUCUAUAGGUAAUAGUAAUACUAAAGGUGGAGCUAAUGUUAAUAGUGAUGAAAAUGGUGCUCUUGAUCUUGGUUACGACAACCUUAGCAAAUUGGGAAUUACAGGAGGACAGUUAGGACUCAAGACGCCCUUUACGCUAAUUGAUAAGUUUUUCAAUUUACAUCCACAAGUGGCAGAAGACGAAGAAGAGGUCGAUAAAAAAGACGGUACGCUAGUUAACGAGUAUAAGGAUGCUACCUUCGGGUUACCAUCGACUACUGUGCCAUUACUCGCCAGACUUGUACAGUCGUUGUACAUGAGGGACUUUUUAGUCAAUAAACCUGUUAAUAAUUUAUCGAGAAGGCCCAAUUGGGACAACUUAGGGUUGGAUAACAUGUUUCAUGGGAAGAGUUUGGAUAUCAACAUUUGCGAUACCCUGGAUGAAAAGAGGAAGAAAAUCAAUGGAAAUGGUAACGGUAGCGGUAACGGUAACGGCAUUGACAACGGCAGUGCCCAUGGUGAUAGCAAUGGUUCCAUCACGUCAAAUGCUAUAGACUAUGUAAUUGUUACUGUCAUUGGAGGAAUCACUCGCAGUGAGAUCAGUUGUCUCAAAUAUAUCGAGCAGAGAAUCAACCAGGAUAAGAAUAAGCGGAAAAAAGUAUUUAUAAUUCUUACAAGUGGUAUUGUUAAUUGUACCAGACUACUUGAAGUAUGCAGAUGA